UAAAUUUUCUGUAUCGACAAGUUUGUUUUUCAUUCUACGUUUCGCGUUUUAAAUUUUUGUUCUUUUUUUUCAUUUUGGUUAUUGAGCCACUUUCAAACUUUUCACUUUUAUAAUUGUGAAACUAAACUUCAUACCACAAAAAAGCUUUAAGGACUUUAUGUACUAAACCUCGAGUCUUCUUUAGAGUACUGUAUUCUAUUCACAAACCUUUUUCAAAAAGCACCAUGAUUUCUUGUAUCAAUAAACUUUUGUACCCUACUGCUGCCUCUGUUGCGGCUGCUUCAGCUGCUGCUACAUUGGCCCCAUCGAGUGGAGCACCCAGCGAAACUCAAAGUGAAAUUUCAUCUGUGGAUAGCGAUUGGAGUGAUAUACGAGCGAUAGCCAUGAAAUUGGGCGUCACUAAUCCAGAUGACUUACAUACCGAACGUUUUAAAGUGGACCGACAGAAAUUGGAACAAAUGAUAAAAGCUGACAGUUCUAUCGAGGGCAUGAAUGGAGCAGAGUACUUUUUUGAAAGCGUCAUGAAAACUACUGAAACUUAUAUAAGCUGGCCUUGUAGACUUAAAAUUGGCGCAAAGAGUAAAAAAGAUCCUCAUGUUCGUAUAGUAGGUAAAGCUGAUGAAGUAGCAAAAGCUAAAGAACGUAUUUUAGCUAAUCUAGACUCAAGAGGCACACGAGUUAUUAUGAAAAUGGAUGUCUCUUAUACGGAUCACUCCUAUAUUAUAGGACGUGGUGGAAAUAAUAUUAAACGCAUAAUGGAAGAUACAGCGACGCAUAUACAUUUUCCCGAUUCGAAUCGUUCGAAUCCUACCGAAAAAUCCAAUCAAGUUUCUUUAUGUGGUUCCUUGGAAGGUGUAGAAAAAGCCAGAGCUUUGGUUCGUUUAUCUACACCAUUAUUAAUUUCUUUUGAAUUGCCAGUUAUGGCACCAGGACGCCCACAACCAGACAGAGAAACUCCAUAUGUAACAAUGGUUGAGCAGAAAUAUAAUGUGCAGGUCAUUUUUUCUUCUCGUCCUAAAUUGCAUUCAUCUUUAGUUUUGGUCAAAGGAUCUGAAAAGGAAGCAGGAAAAGUCCAAGAAGCCACACAAACACUUAUAAAUUAUUCUUGUGAAAAUAUAGCAAAUCAAAUCUUGGUGAAUAUGCAGCUGGAAAUUUCUCCGCAGCAUCAUGAAAUUGUUAAAGGAAAAAAUAAUACAAAUUUAUUGAGUAUUAUGGAACGUACAAAUACUAAGAUAAUAUUUCCCGAUUUAUCGGAUAUGAAUGUUAAACCAUUAAAAAAAUCUCAAGUGACUAUUACUGGGACCAUUGAAGGUGUCUAUAAAGCACGACAACAAUUACUCGGUAAUUUACCGAUCGCUUUAAUAUUUGACUUUCCCGAUAAUCAAAACGAUGCCUCUGAAAUAAUGAGCCUUAGCACUAAAUAUGGCGUUUACAUAACGUUACGUCAAAAGCAACGACAAAGCACUUUGGCCAUUGUUGUAAAGGGUGUGGAAAAGUUUAUAGACAAAAUCUACGAAGCCCGUCAUGAGAUUUUACGUUUGACAACACCGAUGAUUAGGCCGGAAAUACCGGAUACAUAUUUUAUGCCACAGGACAAAGAUCUCAAUUUGGUAUAUCGUACCACAUUGACGGCUUUGUUGGCUGGCUAUACAGAGAGUCCUAAGACUCCGAAUGUUAUGCCAACAGGGCAGGUACAAAUAUCACCCUAUGGCAACAAUAAUAAUUUGUUGCUUAACCACAACAAUAAUAAUAACAAUGCAAAUAAUAACAACAAUAACAAUCACAAUAUGAAUCAAUUAAAUAGACAACAAUUUGGAGGUUUAUACCCCAGCACUCCAACGGGCAUUUGCUCGCCGACUCAAAAGUAUUUGCAGAUCCACAACAACACUUAUGCCCGGCAGCAGCAGCAACACCAACCACCACAACAUAACCACAACAACAAUUAUCUACAAGUUAUGCAACAGCAACAUCAACAACAAGUUCAGCAACAACAAGCUCAACAACAAAUGCAACCUCCUUCGCAUUUGCAGCAACAGCAACAGCAAGCAGCACAUCAAACUCAUAAUGUUUCACCUCGCAACAGUUGCAGUAACAAUACUAGCGGUUAUCAAAGUUUCAGCAGUAGUACUACAUCUUUGGAACAGGCUUAUCCACCAUAUGGAAAUUCAUUAGCGACCGGUUCAAAUGUUGGCCCUAAUGGCGCCACUUUAUUAACGGCCAAUAGACCAUCACCUUUUUCGCCGGAUUCGAACUAUAGCAGUGAAGCUGGUUGUAGUCGUUUGGGUAGGAGGUCGAGUGAUGGAGUUCUGUUGGGCUUGAAUGCUUCUGGACCAAUUGGACCUUUGAUCCCCGGUAGCGCUGAAAGUUAUCGUAAUUUACAUUAUGACUUAAAGCACAAUCGUACUUUUGAUUUUGACAUUAAGCGCGCCAUGGGUUUUAAGGCUAUGGAACGUCCUCCCGUUGCUGGUGAGCUACGUACACCCACACCUAAUUGGAUGGGUAUGGGCUUGAGUCGCACUUCACCUGCUCCAAUUGAGACUGUUGAUGAUUUAGCACCUUGGCAACGUGGGCUUGCAGGAGCUGGUAUUCUUGCUUCACCAUAUGGUUUGGGUGCAACAACUGGAAUUGUUGAUUCGACGUCCGCCAGCCGUCGCUUACAAUUAACCCAAUACAAAGACAUACAUUCAUUGCUGACAGCUUUGGGAUUGGAGCAUUACAUUAAAAUUUUCGUUUUAAACGAAAUUGAUUUGGAAAUGUUUUCAACACUUACUGAAGAGAAUCUUAUGGAAUUGGGUAUAACAGCAUUUGGCGCCCGCAAGAAAAUGCUGACGGCUAUACACACCCUACAAGCUAAUGAGGCAACCACAUCGACAAUGCCUACCACAUCAUCCAACGCCUCAUCACCACGAUUUUCUGGAUCUGCAGCACCCGGUGCUGAGCGUAGACCUUCAAACCAGUGGUAAAAAACCCCAUUAAAGUUUGGAGUUGAACUUUGAACUUUUUUUUUUACUUUUUUCUAUUUUUUUAUAAAUUUUUAGAUUUUUAAGUUUUUUUUUUCAUUCUAUUGCAUGCUUUAAAAAAAUGAAUUGAUUUAUUCUACUUAGUAACCAUGAAUUUAAUUAAACUUUCUCUUUGUAAAAAAGGACUUUCGUAAAAGAAACUAUAAAAUUUUAAAUCCUAAUUAAAACUAAAAUCAAUUUUUCUCUCUUCGAUGAAGUAUUUAAGCUUCGACUGUUGUCUUAUGAAAUUUUAUUAAAAAAUUUUAUUAACUAUUUAUUUUUUAACAUAAAAACUUUCUUCAAACCUUUAAAUGACUUAUACUCGUAUUUGUACACAAAUUUCUUUUAAAGCAUCAGUUGAUAAUAAUUCUUUUUUUUAAGAAACAAAUCUUAGGAGAUAAAUUGAUUUUAAUU